AUGGCAGCAUCCAACUUCAAGCUUCUUCUUUCACUCUUCAUUCUCUCCAUCUCCAUUUCCUCAACAACUUCGAAUAAUAAUGAUGGUUUUCUUCAAUGUUUCUUCUCUAAGGUACAUCAUUCCAACCCAAUAGACAAUGUGAUUUUCACCAAAAACAGUUCUUUCUACACCUCUCUUCUUCAAUCUUCCAUAAGAAACCUCAGAUUCUCUUCCAGUACUUCAGCUCCGAAACCCGAAUUCAUCAUCACUCCAUAUCAUGAGUCUCACGUCCAAGCAACCGUAAUUUGCGGGACAAAAAAUUCCAUGCAAGUAAGAGUUAGAAGUGGAGGCCAUGACUAUGAGGGCUUAUCUUACGUCGCUGAUGUUCCUUUCAUCAUCAUCGAUCUAGUCAAUCUUCGAUCCAUCACGGUGGACAUAGACAGCGAAAGUGCGUGGGUUGAGGCAGGUGCUAUACUUGGGGAGUUGUAUUACAAAAUUGCAGAGAAAAGUAGUGUUCAUGGCUUCCCAGCAGGGUCUUGUCCCACUGUUGGAGUUGGGGGACAUAUCAGUGGAGGAGGAUUCGGAACCAUAUUCAGAAAAUAUGGCCUAGCAGCCGAUAACAUACUUGAUGCUAAACUUGUCAAUGUCAAUGGCAAAGUUCUUGACAGAGUCUCCAUGGGAGAAGAUCUAUUCUGGGCUAUUCGUGGUGGAGGAGGUUUAAGCUUCGGUGUAAUUCUCUCAUGGAGGAUAAGAUUGGUCCCUGUUCCACCAUCUGUCACCGUCUUCAACAUUGGAAAAACCUUGGAACAAGGAGCUGGAGAGCUGCUUCAGAAAUGGCAAACAGUCGGCAGUGAACUCCAUGAAGAUCUUUUCCUCCAUGCAGUGAUAGAAGUUGCCAAAACAAGUUCAAAUGGUGAAAACAAAACCAUUAAGAUCUCGUUUUUUUCGUUGUUUCUCGGACCAGCUGAGAAACUUGUUCCUCUAAUGCAAGAAAGCUUGCCGGGUUUAGGUUUGGAGCUCAGCAACUGCACUGAAAUGAGCUGGAUCGAAUCGGUUCUCUACUUUGCCGGCUUCUCAAUAAAGGAACCAAUGGAUAUUUUGCUCAACAGGACCGAAAAUUUUUCAGGCUACUUCAAAGCAAAAUCUGAUUAUGUAAAGGAACCGAUUUCGGAAUCUGGGUUGGAAGGAGUAUGGAAAACGCUGCUUGAAGAUGAAACAUCACUGUUGAUCUUGACACCUUAUGGUGGAAAAAUGAGUGAGAUUGGAGAUUCAGAGACCCCUUUCCCACAUAGAUGUGGGAAUCUGUACAAAAUCCAGUAUCUGAGCUCUUGGUAUGCUGAAAACGAAACAGAGGAACAUAUUGGAUGGAUGAGAAGGCUGUAUGAUUAUAUGGAACCUCAUGUUUCCAAAUCCCCAAGAGCUGCCUAUUUCAAUUAUAGAGAUCUUGAUCUGGGUACCAAUAUUGAUACUAAUAGUACAGGCUAUGAACAAGCAAGUAAAUGGGGUUUGAAGUAUUUUAAGCAUAACUUUAAGAGACUUGUUGCUGUUAAGACCAGGGUUGAUCCCCACAACUUUUUCAGGAAUGAACAAAGCAUUCCAUCGUUGCCUUCUUGA